UUCACCACCUGAGCUAAUCUUCCCCCAAUCACAACAUUACUUCACUUGUGGUGACGCCAGCAGGCAUGGCCCUUGUCUCCCGUUGAUGGCGCACUGAGCAUGUGGUUUAUCUUCGCCAUUCUGGCUUCCACCUCUCUUUUCUCCUAACAUCAGUCGCCCGGACGUCUCUCGUCCCCAUUGAUUGAUCUCUUCGCUUUCCACUACCCUCCAGAAAAGAGCCGGUGGUGAUCUUCGCGAUGGCUGUCGCAGACCAGCCUUCGGGCCUGAUGGAUAUCGCCAGCUCAUUGACGCAGGAUGAGAUUCCGUUCAAGCUGCGAUGCGCCAUUUGCAAUAAACUGGCUGUGAACGCUUUCCGCCUUCCGUGCUGCGACCAAGCCAUUUGCGAGAACUGCCAAGUGUCUCUCCCCGAAACAUGCCCCGUCUGCGCGCAUACGCCCCUCUCUUCUGAUCUAUGCAAACCGAACAAAGCCCUUCGAACUACCCUCAAGGCCUUCCUUCGCACCGAGGAAAAGAAGCGCGAGAAGGAACGACAGUCGGCGACGCCCGCGACGCCCGCGGAUGCGACUCCAGCUCAACAGGAACUUCCGGCUGCAGCGACUGGUGCUGGGGAUCAGCCCGCAGAGGACGGUCCGGCAUCUGGCACUGCUCCUGUUGAUAAUGUCACUGAAGAGCCCACUACUGGAUCUAACGAUCCAGAGCCCAAUGCGGACAACGCCAUCAGCAGCGAACCUGCUGAGGCUUCUGCUCUGGGCGAAAAUGACGAGAAUUCUUCAGCGCCUUUACCGGACCACUCAGAUGAGACCGCCCAAGACGGAGCUCGGGAGGAUGGUCCGACCGAUGAGAACCAAUCCGCUCAGGCCAACGAGGAAGAUGUCUCCCAGGGCGGCGAGCCGGGGUCAGUGGCUCCCAACGGUAUGGGCUUUAACGCGGGCGCCGGUAUGUUUCCCAACAUGGGCUGGAACGCCGGAAGCUUCAAUCCGAUGAGCCAGUACAUGAACAAUGGAAUGUUCAAUUUUCCCAUGGGAAUGCCUGGAAUGGCGAUGGACCCGAUGGCCGCGAAUCAGGGUAUGUUUGGGGGCUACGGGAUGAACAUGAAUGGUAUGAACAUGGGAAUGAGUUUCGACGCGGGUCAGGGGAUGUAUGGGGGAUGGGACGGCUCACAGAACAAUAUGUGGAAUGGAGGCCAAGAUAAAUUCAAUCCAAAUGCUUUCGCAAAUGGUAUGGGUCCGCAAUACGGGGGCCCCUCUGGCUUCGGUGGAUAUAAUAUGUCUCAACCCAACCUUGCUCAAAUGCAGCAGCAACAAUUCCCUAGCCAAGAUUAUCAGAACGGGUCGUAUGGCUCGGGGUAUGGCAGAGGCAAUUUUCGGGGUCGCGGUCGUGGUGGAUAUUUCCCUAGUGGUCGUGGCCGCGGCGGUCUUGCUGGUGGACAUAUGCAGGCCGCUUACCCCCCUAAUGCUAACUACCCAGCGUUCCCUAACCAUAAUGCCUCUAAUAUGAACCCGGACAUGGCGGCCGCUCAGUCGCAGGAUGGUGCUGCUGAUAUGUCUGGGGAGUUCGGUCAAGGAGACGCUCAGGAGGUCAACGAAUCAGCGCCCAACGGUGAAGUGGUCAACGCACACGAUGAUAAUGUGCCCAAUGAUGGCAUAGCCACCCAUGGAAAUGCCGAAAAUGGUGAAUCAAAUCCCACUGAUCCCGAUGCUGCUGCUGCUGCUGCUGCACAGGAGACUUCAGCACAGGAAGAGACUCAGCUUCAGGGCAUCCCCACCAUUGAUAGUCUAGACCAAGUCAAUGCCAUGCAGGCGAUGUCGAACUUCCCCAUGGGCAUGCCAGUGCCAGUGCCAGGACCGAUGGGAGCUGGAUUUGGAAGAGGCGGAGGGUUCAUGCGUGGCGCCUUUUCUGGUGGAGGACGAGGAGGAGCUUCCUUCAUGGGAGCUGGUGUCAGCGCAACGUAUCCCGAGCCUCGCGGUCAAGGCGUGGAAGGCGCACCUGCCGCGCCUCGAGCCAUGCGAGAGGGUCUGCCCAACACCAGCGUUCUCCGACAGCACGACGGCCAUCGCACCCGCUCUCCGUCGCGCGAUUCUCGCCGUUCGACUGCCCACGGCCGUCGCGAUAGGGACCGGGACAGGCGCAAUGGUCGACGAUCGCAUCGCUCCCGUCGCCACCGCAGCUGGAGUCGCAGCCCCAACCGCAAUGGGGAUGAUACCGCCGCCACCACCACCGCCGAUCGGCUCUCGGCCAUCCCUGAAGACAACGGCCGCAGCAAGACGGGCGACAGCUAUCGGGCUAGUAGAGACCGCUCCAGCCGCUACGACGACGAGCGCGAUCGGGACCGUGACUCCAAGCGCCGUGACCGAGACCGCGACUGGGACCGGGACCGCGAUCGUACCCGUGACCGCGACCGGGAUCGGGAUCGCUACCGUGAACGCGACAGAGAUCGUGAUCGUGAUCGUGAUCGGGACCGUGACCGAGACCGGGAUCGAGACCGCCGUGACCGGGAUCGGGACAGGGACCGCGAUCGUGACCGUGAUCGUGACCGUGAUCGAGAUCGCGACAGGAAGCGCUCCCGCCGCGACCGCUCCGGAUCCCCUGCUGGCAGUGAAUACUCCUCUCGUCACCACUCCUCCCGAAGGGACAAACGUGGUCGUGACGACGAGGGUGGCGACCGCCUGCGCGAGAAGGCGACCACGGCCUCGGCCGCCGCCAAAUCGGGCGAGCCCGAGAAAGACCCGCACACCCUGGAGCGCGAAGCCCGCAACCGCGAGCGCAUGCUCAAGGAGCAGCAGCGUCGCGAGGCCAUGCACGCAGACAGGGAUGGCGGCAAAUCCUCGUCGUCGCGGAAGCGGGACGGUCGCGGGUUGAGUGGUGGCCGCCGUCUCAGUUACAAGUAUGAGGAUGAGGAGACGGACGAUGCUCGUGCCGCCCGGGUGGAGAAGGAGAGAGAAGCAGGCCGGUGGUAG